CUGACGUGAAAAUAUGUAUUGGAAACGGUGCAAUACCGACUGGAGUCAGCCAGGAAGUCUUCUACCGCGUGGUCUACGACACAACAGAGCUGUUGCGGAAUAUCCCCGUUGGACCUGAUGAAACACUCAUUUCCCCUGUGAUUGAAUGCGGACCACACGAUAUCAGACUUUUAAAGCCCUUGAAGAUUAUAAUUCCACAUUGCCUCUAUAUGGGUAAAGCUAAAAAGGAAUGGAUAACUGUCUACCGAACCGACCCAGGUAAUCGAAAAAUCCCUGGGCUAAGUAUUUUCAGCUGAAUUCAAAGAAAAUACAUCUAAGAUUUAACAUCUUGAGGACUUACACUUUUGUAAGCCUUACAUGUUCGGAGUUUGUUCAGGGUAUGGACUUACAAAGAAGAUGAGAACUCUCGCUACCCAUCGCUGUGGCCCGGUUUCUAUUAUCGAACCUGGCGUCAUGUGUGCUUGAGUGUUUUUACUGCUUCUCACCACGCUCACAGAUGUUUUCUCUGUGUAUCUGAUUUUCCUUCUUUCGCAAAAACCGAGACAUAAAUUUUAAAUCCUGUGGGUACCUCGUGGAUUUCCACAGCAGAGUAAUCCCACUUACUCGUAUUACCUACGUAUUUUUUUAUCCCCUUCUCUUUUGGGAAGGUAGGACUAAUGUUCAUCAUGCUGUUACUGUACUGAUGAUUUUGUCGUCAACUUUUGAUUAAAGGUCCCAUCAGGUGGGAGAAAAUCCCUAACGAAUCAAAGAAAAAUGAUAUGUCAAGGGCGUGGUUCACAGCAAAAGAGGACUCCAUUCAUAUCAAAACCAUGACGUUCUGUUUCUGGUGCGUAUAUUGUCGUCGUGGGGCACCAAGAAAGAAAAGAGCCACAGUGUUUGCUAGUAAACCGAAUCCCAGACGUGAUCUCAUUUUUUUCAGAUUCUACAUUUACAGUGACAACAAGGAUUCUAUGAGGGUAAGUAAUUGUUUAAGAAGGAGUUUAUUUUGGUUUGAACGCAAGGCAUCCACCAAAUGCAACCGACUGUGUCAAUCUGUUGUUUUUAACAGAAGUGUUCUUUCCAAUAUUUUACCCACAUACAGUGUAUGAUACAAGUGAGUCAUUUCCACUGAUAACUGGCUUUAGCUUCCGCUAAAAACGAUUUAAUAUCACAUCAUAUCAUGAUCAUUGGUUUAUCCAUGAGAUAAGUAAUAUACAGGGCACUACUAUGGUACAUAUCUAUUAUGGUUGCGUUAUCCAUCUUGAAUACAAAUCCGCACAUAGGAUUGGUUAUCUUUUACCAUGAGGUACAUAUUCCUCCUCUCUGAUUAGCUGUGCGCCAUAUUUGCUUCCCUUCAUUCAUGUAUAUUAUUCACAUGCUUAUGUGCUUGACCAUUAUAUCACUGACGAGUAAUUUUGCGACUUGGCUCUGACGCUCUACGGUUAGAUGAAAGCACGAGUAUGUACAUAGUAGUCUAUUGGCCUUUUAUUGCUGGAGCUUAACCUACUUUCAUGGAAAUUAAGCGACAAGGAGUGUUGUUACUCCUGUUGUGCGGAUACGACUCAAUUGUAGGCAUCUACCCAAAAAUUUGUAAAUGUGCCGGUGUUGCAAUGUGCUGUCACCCAGUCAUAUUCCUUUAUUUGGUAAGUGAGCUGCAUUUGUCUAACAAAAUACUAAAAAUAAGGUCUCGUCUGAAAUUCAAAGAAUAAAAUUCAUUCAUCUGGUCACUCUUGUUAUUGCACGAUGUACCACCUAGCUGAUCCAUAUACUUUGCCUUUACAAGCGAGUAAAGACGCAAGAUAGAGAGCAGUUUCCUGAUUCAUGGAAAGGAAUGGAGAAACCCUUCAAAAUGUACAACAACAGCAAAAAGAUAACAGUGAAACUUAUGGUGGAUCCUGAGAAGGGCUGGGAAUUAGACGAGACACCUGGUGAGCAGGUAAGGAAAACAACAUGGGGUUGGGCUCAGUAAUGUGUCACAAUGAAACAUUUUAUCCCUGAUAACCUGAACUGAGGUUUAAUAGGCCCUUUGUGGUUGGUCGACAAUCCUCCACUCAAUACACAUUGUAAUAAACAGAAAUCUAGUAAUUGAUGUUUAAUAAGUUACUUGAGAGUCCCUCCCUCUCUCCCCAAACAACACCAGCACCAGGCAACAUUGGGAUGGAGGGAGAUAGUAAGAAGUAGAGUGUGCCAAAACUUUUGCCACUCACUAUAGUUACUUUGCAUAAUGCUAAGAAACUCCUGAGUUGUAGAUUAUGUGGUUUCUGGUUACCUCUGAAAGUAGCUGUCUAAACAAUACACUUUAAAGAACCUCUUAUUCCUUGUGCAUUUUUAUGAAAAGCUUUCUACUCCAAUUGAUGCAAUGUAGUACUCAAUCCGUGAUCUGUUGUAGGUGUACAUCUGCGAUGAUUCCCACGGCGGUAGAUUUCGCUAUAAAGAUGCAUGUGCUUUUGCAGUAAAACCAGUGAAAGGUCGAGAAGUAGAAGAAUUCUCUUGUAGUCUAUCGUUUCAACAAGAGGGCCAUGAUACAGAACAUGCAAUCUACUUGAACCCUGGCUUUUCACUUGUGGAGGUAAUACUGCAUGUAGCUAACACGAUCUGUUUUUGACUAAAGCCAAUGAGAUAGUUUACAGUUUUCUUUGAAAAAAAAAAGGAAGAAAGAGAAACGAACAAGAAAGGACAAAAAACAAAAUCAAACCAAAUCUAAUGUAACUUUCAGCUCAACUUUUUCUGUAAAGUUACAGUCACCACUCACUUCCUUCGACCUUAUCAGCUUAGCCGGGCCAAUGAAGGUCGAUCUAAGUGUAAAAUAUAUAUUUUUCUAAUUAUAAGCCUCCUACCUCAUAUUUGCCCUUCCAGUUAUAAGCCUGUAUGUGUUUAGUCAAAACCACUAGUCUACCUCAUGAUAUCACUGGCCUGGACUGUAUAUCGAGUUCUCAGCGUAGUCGUAAGCCGAGGUUUUGAUUUGUUGGCCCAUUAAUGUAGUCCUUUAUAGACAUUUUUAGGGGGGGGGGAAAUGAAGUUUUGUAAAUAUGUAUCUUUAACUUUAUGGCAGGUUUAAUCAGCUGUUAUUAUUAAAGAGAAUUUUCAUUUUCUUUGAAACGCAUUAUGUAUUUUGCACUACGCAAAUUCUAAUUAUUAUUAUUUCUAAUUCUAAUCAUUAUUAUAAUAAUUAUUAUUAUUAUUAUCAAAUUAACUUUAUAUUCUCUAAUAAGCUUGCCCGGUUUAAUUGACAUCGACAGAAUAACCACAAAAUCUAGUGAAGAUAAUAAAUAUCAUAAAGGCGGAAAGCCUUGAUUAACCUUGCAAAGUAUAGCUAUUGAGUUCCAAGCCUGAAACUUUUAUUUUUAUUUUCCAUUAAAAAUAAUUAUCAAAUACCUUAUUCGUACUUAAUCUCACGGGUACAUAAUUUCGCGUCAUUCGUGAUUAUAAAAAAAUUGACGACUCCGGAAUAAAAAUGCUGGCGGAGUUUAAACAGGCAGAAUUUAAUACCCACACAACAAACUCAAGUAAAAAAAAUGACUAACAUACAAGGGCAACACACACGACAUGUAACGACAUAUACGAAAAUUGUCAACUAGUUUUAUCGGUAAGUUCCACUGGGUAUCUCGAUUAAUGCAUGUUGUGUAAUGUAUCUUGUAUAAAUGUUAAUAUUAAUCAUCUUUAUAUGCAUCGCAAAAUUCAUAAAAAUUCCUAAUAACAUCUUUCAUGCAGUCCUCAAAAUUGCCAUUAACUUGUUCCUUGUAGUUUUUAUUCACAACUUUCGAGUAAAUUUCCAACACUUAUUCCAGUUUAUCUUGGAAGUUUAGAAAGUUCAGACAUUUUGAAAUUAAAAUGAAGUUAACAACACUUAAAUCGCGAAAUUCAAUGCCCUACUUUCAUAUUCUCCUGUUGAAAUCGGGAAAAAUAAAUCCCCGCGAAAUAAUAUCUCGCCAAAAUUGCGAAAUUAAGUAUCUGCAGAUUAAGUACGAAUGAAGUAUAUUAAACUGUCAUUUUAGUCUGAAACGGUUUUUCUUUGUUCUACCGAUAACCCUUUUGAAUAUUAAUAUUGUUUAAUUCAGUAUUCGUGGUAUCCGAACGAUUUUGCAACUUUAAAUUGCUCUCUCCAUUUUAGAAGUCGGUCGAGCCAGGAAAAGCUCGUACGCACUUCAACAGCGCUAGCGCAGCAGGAUGCUCAACUUCCUCAGCUCCAGAAGAACGUGACAGGGACAACUUAGACGAACAACCAAGAACUUCUCAAGGUAUCUUCGUGAUCGUCAUCGCAGCUAUAGUUUCAUGAGAAACUUUAGUUAAAUCUACAAAUUAACACCUCCUACGAAUAAGCUUGUCUUUGUCUUGUUGCCGGGGUAGUCGGGCUUUUCUCUCAAUAACUUGCUUCAAGCUUUUAAACUCCCUGUUACAAAUAAUCAAGUGUUUGUGCUCUUUCUCCUUUGUUGGGUGUUUUUACUUUUUGCAUUCUCCUUCAAACUCCGAAUCAAGACGUUUUUACUUCCUCCUCAUUUGUCCGCCAUUUUGUUUUGUUGUGCUUUCGCGACUUACCUGUCAAUCAAUUUCAUUCCCACAUUGUGCGCUCAAUUUCAGUUUUCUGCACUGUUUGGUAUAAUUCACGUGUUCUUGGCCAGUCAGCAUGCUGAAAUUUUUGCAUGUCUAAAAUAAUUAAGUGUGUAAAUACAGUUUGAUAUUUGCAAAUUGAUAAACCGUGCUGUUUUAGGUUUGAAUAAAUCACACUCGGUGAAUUUUCCACGUCAAAGACAUGAAGCAAAUAGCGGUCCUGAGGUGAACUUACCUACUCUCAAACGCAGCAAAAAGGCAAAGUCCUCAACACAAGGAGAAGGAGACAGGGCAAACUUAGACGAACAAUCAAAAACUCGUCAAGGUAUAUGCCUUAUAUGGUAUAUAUCAUGAGAAACUGUCCCUUAAAUCUUCAAAUAAUUAUAACAUCUCCUUCGAAUAAGCUUUCCACCCACCACACAAAACUGUAAUUUUCCACCUAUUGACGUCAUCUAAUGAUGAUCUAUUACUGUGCAGACUCACGGCGAUAUGGAAUAUUUUUUUCUGUAUGAUAAACUGAAGCAUAAUGUUGCUUGUGAUGACGUCAUCUAUGACUUUUUCCUGCAAUAAAUAAUUAAAAAUAUAAAUUAAAUAAAUAAUUAAGGUUAUGAUAUAACAAUCUGCUAUUUCCAUUAUUGCGGUGCAGCGUAAGCACAUUAAACAUAAAGUGUAUCCAAAUUCUCUCCUUGUUUUAGACUCGAAGCCCCUCAGCAGCUUGCUGGAUAAUGGGCCAUUAUUAGAAAAAGUCUGUAACCGUCUGGACUCAAGUAGGCCGGGUGUUGGUGACUAUCGCGAUGUUUGUUCCCACUAUGGUAUCGACAGUUUUCAAGUGACCGCAGUUUACGAAAAGCACACUGACGGACCGUCAAAAGCCCUCUUGGAACACUUGGCAGCUUCACACGAACAGCUAACAGUUGCCGAGUUUGCAAGAGUGUUGAGAGAAAUUGCUAAGAGAGGUGACAUUGCCAAGAUUUUAGAGGAAUAUGAUAAUCAGUAAAAAAAAUUUUCGAGAGGUCACCGUUAUUUUGAAGUAGUUUUUACAGAAUUUUGAAGAGCGUAAAAUUCUCAAAGAGAAACACUAAAUAAUUGCUAGUUCGUCACAAAAAACAAUUCCUCAGCAUAGUAAAUUUAAUAAAGAUAACCAAUCAAAAGCAUCAAGAAAAAAACACUAAAAAACAAAACGAACUGUAGUUUUUGGCAUGACUUUACGAUAUUCAGCUUGUAAUGAAAUUAAUUUUACAAAGGUUAGGGACAUACCUAAAUUUAAAAAAAUAUGAGAAUGAUGACCAUUAUCAACCAACAAGUAUUGUCCAGUGCAAUGUUCACCAUUAGUGCUGUUACACCACUGUAUCUUCUUUUUGGCCUAACAUAAAUUACAACGAGAGUGAAGUAACAUCAUGAGAAUUUUAUGUAAAUAACUUUGAAUAACCAAGAUCAGAGGUACUUGUGACGGUGUGUUAGGACAUUAAUAUACCAAAGGUUCCAAACCUCGAUAUUUUAUUACAAUAAAUAACGGAUGAAGGUUAUGACAAAAACCAUGGAUAUGGAUCGGAGAUUCGAAAUCUGUAAAGUAAUGCGUUAGCAAAUUAGUUUCAGUUCAUAUCGAUAAUAUCAAAAGAAAUCAAGAUAAAUAUUUACCCAUUGGUUCUAGGUGUCCAUAACACUGUCUAGCGAUAGAAAAUCUUAACAAUUAUAUCUGUUACGUCAUCAAAUUAUAAUGCGCAAAGAAAUUAGAAUUUUGCGCAAUACAGUACUUAGUUUCAAGGCCAACGCCAAUCCCAUUUAACCUUUAUAUUUUUUGACCUCCCCCCCCAACUAUAAAAUAGCUAAUAAAAUGGGAGAAUUAAAUAUCUCCUACAAAAAAGAGCAAUAUAUUAAGUACCUAAUCAACAUCCAUUUGUAUUUUCCAAGUAUGCCAAGCAACUUGUUAAACACUUAAAAUAAUGACUUUGAUGUUUAGAAUGCAAGUAAGGUAUUCAAUUUAUGUCAGCAAUUUUAGUCAUAGGAAAUUUCUUGC